GAUUUAAAUAAUUCCAAUCACAAAUUAGCCUAUAUAGAGAUCGAAGGGACUGAAUACGGUGGCUCUCACCGUCAGUCAGCUACGCCGUACGCCGUACGCCGUUCUCCAUUUCCAUCUCCAUCUCCAUCCCCAUUACCGGUGAAAAUCAGUCCAACUACCAUCGGUUCAUUCCUCUGUAACCAAAGAACCCAUCUCCUUGUGGUUCGCGUUUUAUCGGGUUUCCGUUUGUAACUCCGGCUCGAUUUUUGAACUCCGUUUGAGAUUUUUGUUUAGGUUGCCCUGCUUUGACUCGACGCAGAGUUGAAUAUAUUGGAAUUGGCUAUCAAAGGUAUUAUUUGUGAGGAAAACAAAAAGGAGCAACCAAUGGUCUAUCAAUUAAUGCUGUUUUGUACAUGGAAUUUAAUUAUUCUCAAAUCCAGACCGAACGUUUUAUAAGCUUAUGCUGAUCAUUUUUAUCUGUGGUGUUCAACAUGGGAGCUCAGCUUCAACUAAGAGUAAUAGGCAUUCCCAGAAAUCAAGGUCUAUUCGAUGUAAAAGUAUACACUACAAAUAGAGCACGACUGAGGACUUCCUCCAGGAACAGAUUUAUGUGCACCUUAAAUCAGUCAGCACGGGUCUCGGCUCAAGCAGAGCAAAGAGAAAGUAGGACUUUAGUCAAAAUGUGUGGAAUUACAUCAGCUAGAGAUGCUGCUCUUGCAGCAGAAGCUGGAGCCAAUUUUAUUGGUAUGAUCAUAUGGCCUAACUCAAAACGUUCCGUUUCACUUUCUACUGCAAAGGAAAUCUCGAAGGUUGCACGGGAAUAUGGAGCUCAGCCAGUUGGUGUGUUUGUAGAUGAUAAUGCUGACACAAUACUAAGGGCCUCAGAUGCAGCAGACCUUGAAUUGGUGCAGCUUCAUGGAAAUGGUUCUCGAGAUGUUUUUCCAGUUCUAGUCGGAGAGAAGCGUUUAGUAUAUGUUCUUCAUGCAAAUGAAGCGGGAGGCCUUUUGAACUCUGUUUCAGAUGAGGAGUCUUCUCUGGUUGAUUGGAUUCUAGUGGACAGUGCCAAAGGUGGCAGUGGCAAAGGGUUUAAUUGGGCUCAGUUUAAGCUACCAUCAAUUAGAAGCAAACAUGGAUGGCUCUUGGCUGGAGGAAUUAACCCGGAGAAUGUUUGUGAAGCUCUUUCUGCUCUUAAACCCAAUGGAGUGGAUGUCAGUAGUGGCAUAUGCGGACAGGAUGGCAUCCAAAAGGAUGAGUCCCGGAUACUAUCAUUCAUGAAUGAAGUGAAAUCUUUACGCCUUUAGUUAAAUACUGAAUAAUGGCAAAUUCCCUAGUGCAUGCAGAUUGUUAAAUCAACUGCAAUGUUAGUGCUGAUCCUCUUGUAAUUUCUCAGCUGAUUAGUGUAGGCCAGGACUUGUAUCUCAUGAGAGAUGCAUCAAGUUUGUAUUUGAAAAUCAAGUAACAUUACAUACUUUCGUUUUGCAAUGGAAUCAAAGUAUUUUGUCAUGUCA